AUGGCGGCGCCCGGUGGGCCAUCCCCCCAGCAGAUCGCGGCGAUGCAGCAGCAGUUCGCUGCUGAGGCUGCCAGACGCGGAAUGACCCCGGAACAGUUUGCUCAGCAACAGCGCGAGCAACUCGCUGCAGAAGCGGCUAAGCACAACAUGAGUACAGAGCAGUAUGUCGCGCAGCUAAGAGCGCGGGCCAUCGCCGCACAUCAGCAACAAAUUGCGCAAGCUCAGGCUCAAGCGCGGGCCCAGGCUGAAGCUCAGGCUCAGGGAGCUCAGCUACCCGGUCCACCAGGCCAGAACUCGCCAGCACCUCAGCAACCGCAGCCCCAGCAAGCAACCCGUCAAGUCCCCGUGAACCCGUCAAAUCCCCCCGACCCGAAGGCGAUCGCGGUGGCUCAGUUUUUGCAGUCGCAGAACCUAAAGACCCGGACUUGCAUUAUGGAUGGCCAACGGAAGGAGAUGUUCAAAGUGAAACGCGCCAUUCGUGCUCUCGAAUCCCCCGCCUAUGCCAAAGCCGCUGCGAAGAAGAACUCGCUACUCCCGCCGGUGACUGACCGUGCUUCCGCCGAGAACGUUUUCAAGCUUCUUCCCUUGUCCCUCUUGGCACUCCGUGUCUCGAAGGUUGACCCUCAUGCGGGACACAAUCACGCCAAGCCCAAGAACCGUGUCAAGGGUCUCUGGACCGUCAAGAUCGAGCAACACCAGGAAACCAACCCCAUGAUGCAUUACGUUUGGCUGUACGAGGGACCGCAAUUGAAGCAGAAAUUGAUGGCGGGAGCUGUUGUCGCCGGUAUCUUCGCCGUUGUGCUCUUCCCUCUUUGGCCUAUGAUGCUGCGGCAAGGAGUCUGGUACCUGAGUGUCGGCAUGAUGGGUCUGUUGGGAUUGUUCUUCGCUAUGGCGAUCUUCCGUCUGAUUCUGUUUUGCAUUACUGUUUUCGCGGUGCCGCCUGGUCUCUGGCUCUUCCCGAAUCUUUUUGAGGACGUCGGCUUUGUGGACAGUUUCAAGCCCUUGUGGGGUUGGCAAGAGAACAAGAAGAAGAAGAAGAAGUCAAAGAAGGCCGUUGCAGGUGGUGAAGCGUCCGAAACUGCAGCCGAAGCCGCGAAUGAUGCGACCCAGGCAGCGUCCACCACGGCAACGGAGGCACCGGAUACUUCCAGCACUGUCAAGCGUGACUUGGCACCCCGAGUGGAAGAGGCUAGCGAGGAGUAG